AUGGUUGAACAUCGAGGCAUCAACAGAUUGCCAGCCCUCAGGCGCGAGAUUCUGCUCUUCGGCCCCUUGGCGCUUUCGUUUGACCAGGAGGCUUUUAAGCAUCUCCGCAAGACCAUAAUCGACAGUAAGGAGAAUUAUUGGGCACUGGAUGCACUCAACAGUCUACCUUACUAUUACACGACCAUUCGCGCUGCCAUUCCGGGGAUCAACGGUGUCAAUGGUGCUCAGCUUCAAGACCUGAAAUCUGCAUUGAAUAACGAGAAGCAACUUUUAACUGGCUUCCCAUUGUCCAAUACCCUUCUGAUUCCAUUGAUUGUGAUUCUCCACCUGACUCAAUACUGGAGGUAUCUUGAGCAGGCUAGCAUGGAGCUUGAAUCGAACAUUGACCUCUUUGUUGCGUCCCACCAUAACAAGGAAACCGUUGGUUUCUGCACUGGUCUGCUCAGUGCCAUGGCGGUCUCCGCCGCUAAAAACCAGAGAGAGUUCUGCAAGUAUGCUGCUGUCGCCGUGAGACUAGGUCUGCUCGUUGGUAUGGUCGUCGAUGCUCAGGAUGGAUCUUCUGCACAUGGACCAAGCAAAUCUAUUAGUGCUUCCUGGAAAUCCUCGGAAAGGCGUGAAGAAGCUCAGCGUAUAUUAAAUGAGUUCCCUCAGGCGUAUAUAUCUGUCUACUAUGACGAGGACCGUGCUACUAUCACGGCUCCGGCAUCCAAGAUCCCCGAUUUGCAUCAGCGAUUACGAGCCGCGGGGAUCGUGACAGCUGAUGUUGGCUUGAAUGGAUCUUUCCACACCGAACGUUACCGGGGCCAACUGGAGUCGAUUAUCCAGUUUUGCGACUCCCAUCCCGACUUCCAACUUUCGGAUGCAUCCAAGGCCAUCAUUCCUACCCGAUCAAAUGCCACUGGAGAUUUCAUUCGCGAGGGUGCACUACAUCAACAUGCCUUGCAAUCAAUUUUGGUGAAUCCUCCUCAAUGGUAUCAAACCUUCACUGCUGUGCGUGACGCAUGCGCACAGGAGGAAGGGACGGUAAUCGUUUCUUUUGGUUCCGAGCGCUGUGUUCCACCAUCGCUGCUUCGUGGUCUAAGCCAGAAGGUGGUGACAGUGGCAGAUCUCGAUAUCUUCAAGAAGGAUCAAUACACUUACUCCGAAAACGACAUCGCUGUUGUCGGAAUGUCGUGCAAGGUAGCUGGUGCCGAUAAUCUUGAAGAAUUUUGGGAUCUUCUGUGUAUGGGGAAGUCCCAACACAGGGAAGUUCCAAAGGAAAGAUUUGGCUUUGAAACAGUAUUUCGUGAAGUUGAUCCAAAUCGCAAGUGGUUCGGCAAUUUUAUUGACGGCCACGAUCAAUUUGAUCACAAGUUCUUCAAGAAGAGCCCACGAGAGAGCGCAACAAUGGAUCCUCAACAGCGACAUUUGCUUCAGAUAACCUAUCAGGCCGUCGAGCAAUCUGGCUAUUUUCAUUCUGCAAAUCCAGACCGCCAUAUUGGUUGCUACAUCGGUGUAUGUGCUUGUGAUUAUGAAAAUAAUAUUGCCUGUCAUGCACCCAAUGCGUUCUCAGCUACGGGAAAUCUGCAAGGUUUCAUUGCGGGCAAAGUUAGUCACUUCUUCGGAUGGACCGGACCCGGGCUCACAAUUGAUACUGCUUGCUCAUCCUCUGCCGUUGCAGUACAUCAAGCAUGCAAGGCAAUCAUUACUGGAGAAUGUACUGCUGCUUUAGCAGGGGGUACACAUGUCAUGACCAACCCCCUUUGGUUUCAAAACUUGGCUGGAGCUUCAUUCCUUAGCACGACAGGACAGUGCAAACCUUUUGACAUAAAAGCAGAUGGCUAUUGUAGAGGCGAAGGAAUUGCAACUGUCUUUCUCAAGAAGCUUUCUGCUGCUCUCAAUGAUGGUGACCAAAUCCUUGGAGUUAUCACUGCAACAGCCGUGCAACAGAAUCAGAAUUGCACCCCUAUUUUUGUGCCCAACGUGCCUUCUCUUUCCGACUUAUUCCGUAAUGUGGUCAAGCAAUCUCGACUCCAGCCUGCUGAUGUGACUGUGGUUGAGGCCCAUGGAACCGGAACCGCUGUCGGAGAUCCAGCUGAGUAUGAUAGUAUUCGAUCAGUGCUAGGUGGCUCCUACCGUGAGAAUCAACUUACUCUAAGCUCUGUAAAGGGUCUAGUUGGCCAUAUAGAAUGCACCUCAGGCAUUGUCUCACUUAUUAAGGUCCUCUUGAUGCUGCAGAAACGAAUGUUCCCUCCCCAAGCAAGUUUCACUACCAUAAAUCCAGCAAUCAAGGCAACUCCCGCGGAUAAAAUGCACAUUCCUACCGCGGUUCAGACUUGGGAUGCUAAUUUUCGUGCUGCCUUGAUCAAUAAUUAUGGGGCCUCUGGCUCCAACGCUUCCAUAGUCGUCACUCAGCCACCUGCGAUUGCCGCAAAGUCGAUUAACGAGACCCCGGGUCUCAAAUACCCCUUCAGAUUUUGUGGGUUUGAUGACCAAAGUCUCCGCCGAUAUUUUAAGGUCUUUCGGCAGUUUCUCGGCCGGAAAAGCUAUUCUGAAAAAGAUCUCUCAUUACAGAAUAUUUCAUUCAAUUUGAACCGUCAGAGCAAUCGUCAGCUAGAUCGAACUUUGUUCUUCAGUGUGAAGACAAAGGAAGACCUCGAACAGAAACUCAUCGCGUUCGAGAAUGGAGAUCAAAGUGUUACUUCGCUUGCAAGAUCCGAAUCUAGGCCAGUAGUUCUCUGCUUUGGAGGUCAAGUCUCGACAUUCAUCGGAUUGGAUCAUACUGUGUACGAGCGAGUGGCUGUAUUUCGAAAGCAUCUCAACACUGUUGAUGCCGUAGCUCUAUCCAUUGGAGUGAAGAGCAUCUUCCCCGGCAUUUUUAAAACCACGCCUAUUAACGACACUGUUCAUUUGCAAGUUAUGCUAUUUGCAUGCCAGUACGCCUGCGCACGCAGCUGGAUUGAUUCUGGAGUUCAGCCAGUCGCUGUAGUCGGUCACAGCUUUGGUGAACUCACCAGUCUUUGUGUCUCGCAGUCUUUGUCCCUACAAGACACCGUCAGGAUGAUUGUGGCUCGUGCAACCCUAAUACGGGAUAGUUGGGGUUCAGAUAAAGGCGCAAUGCUUGCAGUGGAAGCAGAUCUCGCGAAGGUUGAGAAAUUACUCGCUGAGUCAAGUGCUGCUCGUCAAGGUUUGACACCCGCGACCAUUGCUUGCUUCAACGGGCCCAGGAGCUUCACUCUUGCUGGUGCAGUUGCAGCAAUUGACGCGGUUGUUGAAACCAUAUCCAAGCCUGCUUUUUCAUCGAUGAAGUACAAGCGCCUUAACGUGACUAACGCAUUCCAUUGUGCCCUCCUAGAUCCACUUCUUGAUCGGCUUGAAGAGAGCGCUAGGGGAUUAAACUUUCGUGAGCCUGUGAUCCCAGUCGAGAGGGCGACUGAAUCUCGUACAGAGGAGCCUUUUACCGCCAAGUUUGUUGCUGAUCACAUUCGCUCCCCCGUCUUCUUCAACCACGCGAUUCAAAGAUUGGCGCAGAAAUAUUCUUCCUGCAUAUUUUUAGAAGCAGGCUCUAACUCGACUGUUACGAAUAUGGCCAAUCGUGCACUUGGCAAUCCAAGUAGUUCCCAUUUCCAGGCUAUCAAUGUCACCAAUCAGAACGGAUGGAACAAUCUGGUAGAUUCUACCCUAAGUCUUUGGAAGGUGGGACUCAGUGUUCAUUUCUGGGCUCAUCAAUCAAGUCAGACUAAGGAGCAUUCCCUUCUUCUGUUACCGCCUUAUCAGUUCGAACCUUCUCGUCACUGGACGGAACUGAAGAGUGUGCCGACGCUGACAGCCGCACCUGCUUUGGGGGUUGUCGAGAAGGAGGAUGUCAAGCUACCAGAUACUUUGUUGACAUUUGUCGGAUACCAAGACAGCGGUAAACGUCAGGCAAAGUUCAGAGUCAAUACUAUGAUUCCCAAGUACGAAAAACUCAUACAGGGUCAUAUCAUUGCACAAACCGCUCCGAUAUGUCCAGCAACUGUACAACUUGAUUUAGCCAUCGAAUCUAUCCGGAUCAUUCGACCAGAUCUUUCAGCUUCUGGUCUUGAACCCCAAAUUCAAGCUGUAGAGAAUUCAGCGCCAAUCUGCGUCAACUCCCUAAGAGCCGUGUGGUUGGAGGUGACGGCAGACGACUUUGAUCAAGGUACUUCGUGGCAAUUUCAGGUAUACAGUGACGAUCUGGAGAACGGAUUCUCAAAAACUAUCCACACAACUGGUCAGAUUAUAUUUCGCUCCGUUGAUGAUGUCUCCCUCAAAUAUGAGUUCGCGCGCUUUGAGCGACACUUCAGGCACCAGGACUGCGUUGAUCUUAUGCGCGGCGGGGAUGUUGAUGAAGUGCUGCAGAACAGAAAUAUCUAUAAAAUGUUCGCAGAGAUUGUCGACUACGGUGAGGACUAUCGCGGACUUCAGAAGCUUGUGAGCAAAGAAAAUUUAUCUGCCGGAUACGUCGUUAAGAGAUAUAACCCCGAAACCUGGUUGGACGGACAUUUAGCAGAUAGUUUCUGCCAAGUUGGAGGCAUUUAUGUCAAUUGUAUGACUGAACGUGCUUCGACUGAUAUGUUUAUCGCCAACGGUAUUGAGCAAUGGAUCCGGUCGCCCAAAGUGCGUCAACAGGAUGCUCGACCCGAAUCCUACCAUGUCCUUGCGAUACAUCAUCGUUCUUCUGAUAAGGCAUUCCUGACUGACGUGUUUGCUUUCGACUCGACAACCGGUGCUUUGAUCGAAGUUAUCCUUGGCAUCAGUUACGUUAGGAUUCCGAAGGCCUCGAUGAGCAAGUUACUCUCUCGCCUCACAGUUAAGAGUAAUCUCAAAGAACCUGCAGAAAUGCCUCUUCUUCCGGAGCCAGCCAGUGUGAACCUGUUUGACACUCCAAAAAACGUCAGCAUUCACCCACAGUCUGAUUCUCUGCCUCGGCAGUCUGUCCCUCACCUCAAACCCUUGAAGAUGAAAAAGGAGAAAGGCGCCCAGUCAGACAAGGCACAGCUCACUCAAAAGCUCAAGGCCAUUCUAGCUGAACUUUCAGGUCUCGAGGUAGCGGAGAUCAAAGAUGAUAGCGAGCUCGCCGAUCUUGGAAUCGACUCUCUCAUGGGCAUGGAAAUGGCACACGAGAUAGAGAAGGCGUUCACAAUUACAUUGCCUGAGAGUGAUUUAAUGGAGGUCGUUGACAUGCCUAGCUUGAUCAAAUGCGUACAAAAAGCCGUGGGUGGAGGUGCAGUUCCUGUCGAAGACACCACGGAGCAGAGCGCCUACGAGUCUGCGGACAGUGACGAUAAAUCUACUGACUAUACCAUGCCCAGCACUCCAGAGGAGGAGCUUUGUGGUGUGGACAAGUCUAUGCAUGAGUUCUUGGGGAAGCAGAACGUGGAGUUGAAUCUUCCGUUUGCGACGGUUAUGGAAGCCUUCAAUGAGACUAAAAGCUUGACAGACGACAGAAUCAAAGAAUACCAGCAAACCUACUACGUUAAAAGUGUCCUCCCCAUGCAGAGUGAAAUGUGCGUGUCUCUUGUACUGGAGGCAUUUGACCAACUCAACGUGAGAAUACGCAGUGCUCGUGCUGGGGAUAAAUUCACGCACAUCACUCAUCCAAAGGAACACACUCGGCUUGUUGACUACCUAUACAAGAUGCUAGAGGACGCAAAUCUUAUUAACAUUGACGGAGAUGUCAUCACUCGAACUGCUAUUCAGGCUCCACGGCCGAGUAAAGAGAUUCUCGAUGAGCUUGUGUCGCGAUAUCCCGACCAGAAUGCUGCCGACAAGCUAACGUUUUAUACUGGAUCGCAUCUUGCGGAAGUUCUACGAGGCGAGACUGAUGGGAUCAAAUUGAUAUUUGGAACACAGGAUGGACGAGAGCUGGUUUCAAACUUGUACGGAGACUGGCCAAUUAAUCGUCUUUUCUAUCGACAAAUGGAGGACUUUUUGGAGCGGCUGAUAUCCAAGUUAGACAUGAGCCAGGGCCCAAUCAAAAUUCUCGAGAUGGGUGCAGGUACUGGGGGAACAACAAAGUGGCUUGUUCCCCUUCUAGCCAAAUUGAACGCGCCGGUUGAAUACACCUUUACGGAUCUUGCCCCGUCAUUUGUUGCUGCAGCACGCAAAAAAUACUCCAAGCAAUACCCCUUUAUGAAGUUCCGACUUCACGAUAUCGAGAAAGCCCCCGCAGAUGAUUUGAUCGGUACCCAACAUAUCAUUGUCGCGAGUAAUGCGGUUCAUGCUACCCAUAGUCUCAGUGAAUCUGGCAAGAACAUUCGCAAGGCAUUACGGCCGGACGGGUUCCUGAUGAUGCUUGAGAUGACCGGAAAACUCUACUGGGUAGAUAUCAUAUUUGGACUCUUUGAAGGGUGGUGGUACUUUGAUGAUGGUCGUACCCACGCUGUUACUCAUGAAUCUCAAUGGGAGAAGAGUUUACAAGCUGUCGGAUACGGUCACGUCGACUGGACUGAUGGUGUACGCCCUGAGAAUAAACUCGAGAAACUAAUCAUUGCAUUUGCAUCCGGAACGAGGUAUGAGCGACUUCACAUUCCCCGACCUAUAGAAAGUACCUCGGCUGACUGUGCAGCGCGACAAGCAGUCGUCGAUAGGUACGCCAAGGAGAUGACAUCCGACUUUGGAAUUGUAACCGGAGAGUCUCCAUACAUGAACUCGCAACGACGUCAAGAAUCCAAAGGCUAUAGCGUCCUUGUUACUGGCGCCACAGGCAGUCUGGGAUGUCACCUCGUAGCGGUACUCACAUCAAUUCCUGACAUCACCAGCGUGGUGUGUGUCAAUCGCCGCAGUCGGCAACAACCUCUUGAGCGUCAACAUCGUUCGCUUCUCCAGAAGGAAAUAUUUCUUUCCGAAGCGGCUGCGGCCAAGCUCAGAGUGAUCGAGACUGACAUGUCAAAACCUGAACUUGGCCUCCCCAAAAAUGAGUACGACGACCUUCUAAACAGUGUUACCCACAUUGUUCACAAUGCCUGGCUUAUGAAUGCCAAAUGGCCACUCAAAAAGUUCGAGCCUCAGCUUCAGAUAAUGCGAAAUCUACUGGAACUCGCUUAUGGAAUUUCAUUACGACGAUCAUCAGACAGAAUUUCCUUUCAAUUUAUUUCAUCCAUCGCAACAGUCGGCCAUCGACCCAUCUGGACUGGAAAUUCAAGCGUUCCCGAAGAGCCCAUGACAAUCGAUUCAGUUCUUCCUACCGGCUACGGGGAGGCAAAAUACAUCUGUGAACGUAUGAUCGACGAGACGCUUCACAAGUAUCCAGAGCGGUUUCGCGCUAUGGUGGUGCGUCCCGGACAAGUGGCUGGUUCCAGCACGAGUGGAUAUUGGAAUACCAUGGAACAUCUUUCUUUCCUUGUUAAAUCGUCCCAAACCCUCUGUGCUUUGCCUGAAUUUGACGGUGUGCUGUCAUGGACCCCCGUGGAUGCCGUGGCCAGCACGCUCGUGGAUCUACUCUUGCUCCCAAAGGAUCAAAGUCCGUUUCCAUUCUACCACAUCGAUAACCCCGUCCGUCAACUAUGGAAGGAGAUGAUUCCAAUUCUCGCAGAUGCCCUAGACAUACCGAGGACAAAUAUUAUUCCUUUUCAAGAAUGGAUUCAGCGGGUCAAGGAUUAUCCACGUCAGGCUGAGGGUCCAGAGGGUGAUAAUCCUGCGAUUCUCCUUGUCGAUUUCCUUGAUAAAAACUUCAUUCGCAUGUCUUGUGGGGGACUUUUGUUAGAAACGAAAAAAUCUCGCGCGCAUUCGCAGACUCUCGCAAAUCUGGGUCCGGUCAGUGCAGAGAUAGUAGAGUUGUUCAUUAAGAGCUGGAAGAGAAUGGGCUUUUUGCGUUCAUGA